AAUGGUUGUUUGUUCCUAUGUGCCCUGCGAUUGGCUGGCAACCAGUUCAGGGUGUACCCCGCCUCCUGCCCGAUGAUAGCUGGGAUAGGCUCCAGCACGCCCGCGACCCUAGUGAGGAGAAGCGGCUCAGAAAAUGGAUGGAUGGAUGGAUGGAUAAGGUAAGUAAACAUCUGUUCUGUAAUUAUGUAACAUAGUUGAGGAAAAUUCUAGAAUCUCUGCACCUUCUUGUUUUUGCCACGUGGCUGAGGGUUUGAGUAAAGAGAGACCAGAUGGGAAGAAAUCAUUCCAGACGUCUGUCAGACGGUCCAAAGUUUGAGGUCGACACAUCCAAAGCAAACUCCUGUUCCCGGCUUGCAAAUGUAGGAAAGCGAUUUUGUGGGUUUGUCUCUUUUAAAAUAGAGUUUGGCAUGGAAACGAGACAUUUCACGGUUUCCGAUGAGUUAUCAGUUGAAGUACAUCAUUAUUAGCAUCAUUAUCCAAUUUGAAACCGAAAAACAAAGCCUCUCCUGGAAGCAUGUGGCACACGUUCAGGAAAAAAAUACCCCAUCUCUUUAAUGCAGGUUAUUUAAUGCACAAUGAGUCAUUUUUGAUUAUUCUUUUUUUAAUAUACUAUGAAAACCGCACAUGGUUAUGUCAUCAGUACCGAGGAGGGUUUUACAUCAUCUCACUAUUUUUCACAUACUCACACACACACGAGAGAGAGAGAGAGAGGGAGGGUCCGGAGGCAGAAGAUAAAUAGCGAGCCUCCACACAUUGGCCCAUCCUCAGUCUAACAAAGUGUAGCCAUGGAGUGCAAAGGUGUGUGCGUGCUCAUGCUCGUGCUGAUGCUGGUCAACUGCUCACUCCAGCAGACUCCACCAAAGAAGAAGCCCGUACGAAAAGACAAUAACGCUGCCAUUGAGGAUUUACAGAGACAGAUUAAUGACAUUGUGCAGGACCUCAACCUCCUGAAAGAAGAACAGGCCUUGCAAAGAGUGUGUUUGAAGGGCACAAAGAUCAACGGCAAGUGCGUCUUGGCCGACCCAGUGAAGAAGUCGUAUCACACAGCCAGCGAGGACUGCAACGCCCUGGGCGGGGUCCUUGGCGCCCCUAAAUCCGCCGAUGAGAACGGCCUGCUGACAGACUACCUCCGCCUAAGCGUGGGCAGGGAUGAGCAAGUGUGGCUAGGCAUCAACGACAUGGUGACCGAGGACACUUGGGCGGACCAGAGCGGUGUCAGCAUCCAGUACAAGAACUGGGACACGUCCAACGGCCGCGCCCGUCAGCCAGAUGGCGGCCGGUCCCAGAACUGUGCCGUGCUCUCGGGGGCCGCCCAAGGGAAGUGGUUUGACGAGAACUGCCGCGACGAGAAGCCCUCCGUCUGCCAGUUCAAUGUUGUGUGAUCACGUGUGCAGUAUAAUCCUAAAUAGCUGCUUGGUAUGUAAUUCUGCUGCAAUGCCACUUUACCUUCUUUUUUUUUUGGUAAGACAUCUGGUCCUGAAUUUCAUUCUGAAUUUGAUGAUUGCAGUCAGUUGCAUGGCUGUAAUUUCCAUUCUCUGUGUUCCAAACAAAACACUAAAACCAGAAAUAUUGCAAGUCUUUUACGUUCCCUUUACAAAUUAACUAGAGCUGCAUGUGAUGUAAUAUUAGAAGACACCACUACUAGCCAUAACAUUGUGUAAACCUGCUAAACCGAAUGAGCCAGUUAAACAAAAAGCUUUGCGAUAACAAUUCUCAGUUUUUACUGAGGUAUUCAUUUCAUAUUUUUAGCAUUAUGGUUGUAGAACUGCAGGUGUACCAAGUCGCCAGAGAACUUACAAUAUGAAUUCGUUGUGCUGACCUCUGACGAGGCAACCCAAAAGCCACAUCAAUUAUUUCAUAACGUGCCUGUCAAAACUGUACUAUGCUGCAUUCUGUAUCUCACUGACAAGUCUCGCAUUGAGCCUGAAGAAUAUUCUUGUAUUACUUUUUUUUUUAACCCAUCUUCAUUUUAAACACAGAACAUUAGCUAAAGACUAGCCUGAUGUAACCUGAAAGCUUAAUAAACUGUAAAAGCACA